UAAGUAAAGGAAUUCCAUAUAGAUAUACAUUUAGGCUGCCAAAAACUGAUCAUGUGACCGAUUUUGAUAGUAAAAAAACUGCACCAAAAAACAAAUUUCUUUCAGUUUAAUGAAAACACGAUAACUAUCGGGACCAAAGAUAACUUUACUCUAAACCAUCAACCAAAUCAAAUAUAUCAUGAAUCUUUUAAAGAUCUUGGAUGGUACUCCAGAACCUCCAAUUAUCGAGCUAGACCUUGAGAAUGUGAAUGAAAGUGGUGAUUAUCAUUUACCUACUCCCAUGUAUGAAUUUCAAAAAGAAUUAACAGACCAAAUUGUAUCAUUACACUAUCCUGAUAUCUUGAAAUAUUGUGAAACCAACGAUACCAAGGAGUUAAUUGUCAAAUCAUUGGAAAUAUGUAUAGACAAUUGUAUGCUUGUUAGCACUCAUCCAUAUCUAUUAAUCAAUCAUUAUAUGCCUAAGAAUCUUACUCAGAAAGAUUUACCUAAUAAAUUAGCAGAUACAAGUGGUAAAUUCAAUGUUUUACGAGAUUUAAUUAAUGUCAUUAUUCUGAAUAGUCCCUCAAAGACUAAAAAUAUCGCUAUAGUGAUGAAGAAUAAUUUGAAAUUCUUUGAUUUAGUGGAUGCACUCCUAUUAGGUUGUUCAAGUAAUAAAAAUGUAAAGAGAUAUAUUGGAAAUAACGUUCAAAGAGAAUCUAAAAAGACCAAUAAAGGUACUGAUAGUAACACCACUAUCCAUUUAUUACCUCAUGAUGGUGUGAUUCAACGAGAUGAAGAUCAAUUAGAAGCAGUCAAAUUCGAUACUAUUAUUGUCUUUGAUGGUUAUGUUGAUACUAAUCAUGAAUUUGUUAAACAAAUACGAUCUCAAAAUCGUAGAGGUGAAGCCAUUAUAAUACGGUUGGUUCCAAUGAAAACUAUCGAACAUUGUAAAUUAUAUUAUGAAAAUGAAACAGGCCAAAAGGAUCAUUUAUAUAAACUUAUUUCAGCUAUUGUCUGUUUAAGAGCAUAUAUUGGAAAUUUACCUCCCGAUAUCUUUCCCAUUUAUAAUCAAAAACUUACGUUUUUAUCAUCUAAAUUCUUUGAUGAGGUAUUCAGAACAAGUACAAGAAGUAAUUUCCCUCCUUGGCCAUUACCUGAUUUACCUAGUAUUCCACGUUUCACUGCCAUUGAUGUUGAAAGUUCACUUUUAACAGAAGUUCACUAUCAUUAUACUCCAUAUGAUUCUGCUGAUAUAAUUAAUCUUACGGAAGAAGAGAAGGCCAAAAAGGAAGCUAAACCAUCUUAUUAUGAAUCAAAAAGAUUACAGCUGGAUUAUGUUACAAAUCCUUUGAAAAAUUCAUAUAAUCAAUUAAUUGGUAUUCAUUCCAAUGGUGGUAAUGGUAGUGGGUUCAAUAAUUCAUCUAUCCUUACACACAAACUAAUCAUGCAAUUGAAUAAUGCAUAUCUUGAUAUGCAAAGAGCUGAAGAAGAAUAUAAUGGAUAUGUCAGAUUCAAUGAACAAGAAUCUCAAGAAAGAUCGGGUAGAAGAGAAGAUCCAUUAAAGAAAACUAUAUCUAAUAUUUAUGAUGAUAUAGAUCAUGCCGAAGUUCGUAUUUCUACUGCUAAUAAAUGGAUAGCGAAGAAAUCAGAAGAAAUUGAAACUUAUAAAACUAAAAUUAAAGAACUAGAAGAAGCUAUUCAUCAAUUUCCUGAGUUUAAUAAUAUUGAAAAAGAAUCAAAUCAAAAGUAUAUUAAGAAUCAAUUAGAGAUUUGGGAAUUACAAAACAAAACAAGAGAACUCAUACGUCGGAUAAGUUCUAAAGGAGAAGAAAAAUCGUUCAUGCAAAAGGAAUAUCAAAAUUCAGAAAAGUCAAUCGAAGACUCUGAAAAGGAGAUUGAAGAGUUAAAAUCUCAAAUACGAGAAAAUAAAAGAAAAUAUGAAUCAUUCAUCGAACAACAAGAAGAUGAAUCAAAAGAAUUUGAAGUUAAGAAAAAAUCCAUCACACAUGAAAUCAAAGAAGAAAGAAUACGGAAUGAAGCAUUAAAAAUAAAAUUGAAUAGCUCUUUGAAAUUCUUAAGAGAUACAUCUCAUUUAAAGAAAAGAAAAGGAAGAGGGUUAACUCCUAAUUCCAAAUAAUUUUGUACAUUUAUUCUAUAUAAAUAUAUAUUUAACGAUAACUUUUUUUGUUUAUAAAGCAUAAAUAGGCAUUUCAGACUUUAUAGAAUCUAAAAUCAAUACGUUAUUUAUAGGACUUUCCUUUUGACUUAAAUACUGUAUGACAUCUUGGGCCAAUGUACCGCCUAGUAUAGCAGCGACUGGAGCAAAUUCUGCAAAGGCUUGAUUACUGAAAACUUCCAAAUACUCUUCUGUGACUAAACUUGAAGGAAUACCAAAACUUUCACAUACGGAAAGAGCAGUUGAUUUCAAAACAUCUUUGUCAACUAUACUUUCUGGAUCUUCUAAUCUUGGAAUUUCAAAUAAUGCAAAUAUUAAGGGGAAAGCAGCUGAUAAUCUUUUCAUUUGUCUUUUAUUUAAUUGGUUUGGUAAUUCCUUAGAAUUAAAAAUAUCUGCAAUAGGACAAUACUCAUCAAGAACAGUUAUGGUUUCUUUAUUAUCG